UCGAGGCUGACACAGAUCCUGGUUUUGCUGCAUGUUUAAAGCAUGCACGCUGACUGUGGGUGCGCUUGGUUAAUUGCAGCAUGCAGACAGUAUUUUUAGCAUAUUUGCCACAAGCGGGCGGAGCUAAGGAGGCUGAGAUGGAGGGAUGCUGCUGAGCAGAAAGCAGGUGGAGACCGCUCAUGUUUACGGGAUGCACUUUGUUCAAGGUGGAUGAGAGGAAGCUGGGAGGAGGUUUUUUUUAUUCACGUACAUUUGACUUCGGGUUCGGUUCUGUGUGUUUUUAAUCCCGGGGAGAAGAGAGAGAGGGAACCGAUCUGAGGUCUGCUGCUCACCGACAGGCUGCGAAAGGCUCCGUCUGUGUCUGUCGUGUCGCUGGAGGUUGCGACGAUGUGAUGCUCCAUCGCUGGAUCGACGGCCGCAGCCUUUUCCCUGAAGCCUGAUAUUAUGCAGGGAACAAGCCGCACUGGACGGAUUAAAGAGGAACAAAGUACCGGUUUAGAAAACGUUUUGCAAACUGGCAGUAUUAGCCAACUAUGGUCGACCCCUCGGAGGCUGAGGAGCAGAACAAGUGUAAAGGCCCACAGCUCAACGCACCAGCCGUGGCCACUGAAGACUCUCGACUGCCAGAACCGGCCAAUGGUACAUCAACAGAAGAGGAUGGGGAUGCCGGUUUUGAGACGCCGCCCACCGGCAGUUCUGAGCCGAGCCCCUGCCACACUGCAUCCCCGCCCGGGCCGGACGCCACCUCUCAGGCGACCCCACCUGAGCAACCACAAACUCAAACUGAAAGGGAACCCUCACCCAAAUUGCACCUGGACCUGUACAACUUUGACUCGCCUGCCGCAGAGGGCAGCCGCUACGUGUUAACAAGUCCUCACUCUCUGGAGGCGUGCGCUCGAUGUGGGGUCAAACCUGUGGAGCUCCUGCCACGCCCGCUGGCCGACUUCGCCCGGGAGGCUCCCGGACGUUCCAUGCGUGUCGCAGCGGGCUUGUUUGAAGUCUACGAGAGGGACAGGCAUGCCAAACUGAGGCAAUGCAGGGAGGAGAGGGAGCGGAUUAUUAGAGAGGAGAAAAGAAGGAUCCUGCAGGCAGCAGUCAAUAGCAGCAGCGCAUCAUCCUCGACUGUGGAACAGCAGCACAAAGCCUCCACUGGCCCCACUCAGCCUCCUAAAUCUGUGCCAGUGACCUCCAGCUCAACCCCUGAUUCUACUGCAUCCUCUCGAGCCAAAGCAUCAGGUCCGUCCUCGAAAACAGGUACAGCUGUUUCAUCUAAAGCCUCCACCACCAGUCUUAGUAGCUCCCCUAAAUUUGUCCAUGCUGGAUCAACUCAGUCCUCAAAAACUGUUUCUACACCUUCUACGCCACCGUCCAAGGCUGGUUUCCAAGGAUCUGCCAAGCAUCCUUUGUCCUCCUCCUCUGAACAAGUAAAAACCAGCCGUCCACUCUCGUCCGGCCCCCCACCAGUAGUCAGGAAGUCCUCAGGAGGUAAAUCUUCAAACACUUUCCCCAGAUCAACACCCAAACCUCCCGCCUUCCCCAGAGCCAACACUACGCUAACGUCAUCAGUGUCAAAGCCUGCAGUUCAGAGUCCCGGGAAGCCUCUGAACGGUGUGACAGGUGGACCGUUCUCUCAGCACAAUGGACAUCUUGGAAUUCAUUCCAAGGUGCGAGGAAAAAGCCAUUCGUUGGAGUCCUUACAGAGGAGGAUGGAUCCUGUCUGCUCUUCCACCUCCACCACCACAACUACUACUACGUGCACCUCAUCAGAGUCAGGUGCCUCCUCUUCUUACAGUUGGGAUGGUGUCCGAGAUCACUGGGCUAAAGUCUCCAGUCCUCGCGCUCGCACUAUGGCAACUUUCAACUCCCUGAUGGGCCGCAGCCUCAGCCUCGGUGACCUGAGCCACUCUCCUCAGACGACACAGAAGGUGGAGCGCAUAGUGAAGGAGGUGAAGCGUCGAGGCCUGAAGGCCGUGUCCGAGCGCGAUCGCAAGAUUGCAGCUCUGAUGCUUGCCAGAUACCAGGAAGAAGACAUAAUGAGUCAGACCCGCUACGUGGCUCACCUUCAGUGGGACAGCGAGCGCAGGAUGGAGGAGCUUCGGCGGGAGCAGGAGGACAGAGAGAAGCAGCGUGCGGUGCUUCAGUGCCAGCGGGUGUGGCAGACCCAGGUGUCGAUACGCCAGCGAAGACUCAGCCAGCAGGAGCGACAAUCAGCAGCUGCCAAAAUGCGACAGGCUGAGGAGAACGAGGAGCGAUGGAGGGAGCUCGCAGAGCAGCAGGAACGUAAUCGUCUGCUGAGGUUACAGCAGGCGGCACGAGAGGAGAAGCAUAAGAAAGCUCUGCAGGAACAGAACCUGAAGGCCCUGGAGGAGGAGAGGGCAGCCAUGCUGGAGCAGGAGAGGCUGCUGCUGAAAGAAAAGCUCACCAUGGCCGAGCUCAAGAGGCAAGAGAAGGAGCACCAGGCCCAGGAGGACAGACGAGGUCUGAACAAAGCUGAGAAGAGACGUCACGCUGCCCUGAUACAGGAGAUCGCCCGCAGAGAGCAGGAGGAGAGGGAGGACGCCAGGAGGGCAGCAGAGGAGAAGCUCAGCCGCUCCCUGGAGAACUACGAACAGAUAGUCGAGCGUCGAGGGCAGGAGCUGAAAGAAAAGGCCAAGCGUGAGGAGAAGCAGAUCCAGAAAGCACGCAAGGCGGCGGAGAAGCGUGAGAAACAACAGCAGCAGCUUCUGGAAGCUCGCGUGAAGGAGGCAGAGAAACGAGCCCAGCAGGCAGCUUUGGUGGCCGAGGAGAAGGCCAAAGAGAAAGCUCAGCGGGCCGUCCAGAGCAGGCAGGAGAAGGAAAGACUGCAGAGGCUCAACAGGCAGCGAGUGGAAGAGGAGGAGAAGCAGAGGCGCCUGGAGCUGCUGCAGUCCAUCGAGAGGAAGCUGGAGAAGAGCGAGCAGAUCUUCAAGGAGAAGAGAGCGGUGCUGGAGAGCGCUCGCUCGGUGGCCCGAGCAUCCUUUCACGUACGGGACAAAGUGCGGGAGGAGACCAACAUGCGUACUUUUGAUAAAAUGGCCCUGGAAGCUCAACUCAAAGCCAGCCUGGAUGAGAAAUAAACCCAGAACUUUGUCGUGGACUUCUUACUUCUGGUCAUGUGUUCGGCCCUCAUCACUCAACAGCUUUACCCUUUUUCUCAUGAAGACCCACAGUGUUAUUUUUUCCACACAUAUCUUCACCCGCCAGCUAGUUUGAUCAGUUUUUGUUCUUGUUCCUAUCAAAGAGAACCAAAUCAUUUUGUGUCAUGGAUGUAAUGAGACUACAAUCUAUAUCAGAAGCAGUGAAGCCUGUACGGGACACACUGUAGACUUCAUAUUAGAUUAGAGAGUAGAGAGAGCUGCCCCUCUUCUCGCCUCCUCUUUUGCUCUCUGCUCUGUCUGUCUCAGCUGCUGGACUGAAAGCUGUGCGGCAAUGAAAAGAGUCAUUGUUUACCAGGAAGCACAACUCCAUGACAACUGCAGAGGCUUUUAAAGGAACACUCCUGUAAGGGAAAAUUAAACACAAAUGGUUCUAGACCCCCAAAGCAAACGAGGGAUCUUUUUGUACAGAGUUAGAUAUAGCAUGGAAAUGAAGCCCUGGGCUGGACACUUGUCUUCACCUAACCGCUGACAGUGCAGCUGUGUGCACGAGCCCCGUGCUGAUGAAGCAUUAGAGGACGCUGAUUCUUGCAGCAGGGGGCUGUUCUCUCGCCCACGUAUUCCCUUCAAAGGACUCGCUCUGUCAGUUCAUGUCAGAUUACAGUAAACAGCUCUGAGACACAGACGCCUAUCAACUCCCACGCAGUCAACCAGCUCCGAGCACAGCCGCCUGGUGACCGAGUCAAGGUCAACAGGUCCUGGUGAUGAACGAGAGCCGCUGACACCUCCAACCGUCCCACACUGAACUUUAUCAAGGUGUAACACACAACACGUCUGUCCUCUGAUGACAACACGUCAUAUCAGCAGUUUUUAUUCAUUUUAAUGUAGUAACAGUGCCAUCGAUUGCGCUGCUGAGGACAUGAAACUGAGACAGCUGAGCCAGAUAAGAACCAAUGAAAUGAAGGUUCAAACACAGCUUUAUUAGCGUCAAGGCAUGGUGUUCAGUCCGUGAUGUGUCUCUUACCCUGAUGUCUUCCCUUACCCUGACUCGUCUCUUAUCAUUUCUGCUGUGAAAUUAUCAUUUGUACAUUAUCAUGAGAUGCUUGCGAGUGAAUUGAGUUGAGUUGCUUCAUCCAGAACAGAUUCUCCGAUGUAGCAGUAAGAAACCGUUAAUUGUUUUCAUAAAACCUGUUAAAGUAAAGAACACGACCUGUGCAUACAAUCCAGAAUAAUAAAAACAAACAUUUUACAA